AUCAUCAAUGUGAAUGGCAUUGUCCGAGUAGUGAAGGGUUUUCCGAACAACGAUUAUAGAGCGAAAAUGUCUUGUUUUGCAAUCAUCUCCUGUGAUCUGGUUAGUCCCAGAGCGUUGAUGUCAACUAGGUAUGAUCUGAAAGAUACCACCAAACUGUUGCUUCAAGAUAUCCAGCUAAUCACAGCCAUGGGACCGCCUGGAGGAGGACGAAACGAUGUGACUCAGCGGUUCAUGCGACAUUUCCGACUGGUCAGUAUGACGCCGUUCAGUGAUGAAACCAUGACACGGAUUUUCUCAUCGCUCAUGAUGACCUAUAUGCGAUCCCAGGAGUUUAGUUCCGAAUACAUUACAGUCGGUCAGACCAUUGUCGCAUCUACUCUGGAAGUGUACAAAGCGGCCAUGGAGAAUCUGUUACCAACCCCAGCAAAGUCACACUAUUUGUUUAAUCUGCGCGACUUCAGUCGGGUGAUCCUUGGCGUGUGCCUGAUUCAGAAAGACCGCGUGGAGGAUAAAAAGACAUUCUCGCGAUUGUGGGCCCAUGAAGUGAUGCGGGUAUUCUACGAUCGUCUCACCGACGAUCCUGACCGAACUUGGUUGUUCACGUACGUUCACAUUCAGCCCUUAGAGUACAUUCAGAUCGAUCGACAGUUAACUUAUGUUUGA